AUGGACCCUCUACAACUUGUUUUUCAAUUCCUGAUGUCACCUCGGACCAAGGCAUGGAUAAAGGAAAUUUUUUUGAUUCCGUUAUUGCAAUACGAGGCAAGAGUUGCAGAACUAAAAGUUUGUGUUCAAAAUCUCAAGAAGGCGAGAGAUGUAGUUCAACAUAAAGUUAAGGAGGAAGAAAACCGAUAUGGAAGAAGAUUUGCAGAUGUAGUUAAAGAAUGGAUAGAAGGGGUGGAGAAAAUAAUUUCUGAUUAUGAAGAUUUUGAUGGGGACGAAUGCAAUAAACAUGCAGUGUUUGACUUCUCUACAAGUGGUUUCCUUCCUAAGCCCGGGAUAAGGUAUCAUCUUAGCAAAAAAGCAUUUAAUAUUACAAGGAAGGUUAAUGAACUAGAGCAAAAAGCAAAGCAUGAUGCAGUUUCUUAUUGGCUUGGUCCACCCUCCAUGGUUGCCUUUUUUACUAAUGUUGGUUAUGAAAGCUUUCCCUCAAGAGAUGAAACUGUGAACAAGAUUAAGGCUGCUUUGGAAGACCCGAAUGUUAGAAUGAUUGGAGUUUAUGGGUUGAGUGGUGUGGGCAAAACCAGUUUGGUCAAAAGAGUUGCUAAGGAAGCCUUGGAAGCUAAGAUGUUCGAUGUAGUCACCAUGGCAAGCAUAACAAGGAAUGCUGACAUAAGAAAAAUCCAAGGCCAAAUUGCUGACAUACUGGGGAUGAAAUUGGAUGAGGAAAGUGACAUUGCAAGAGCUGCUCGAAUACAAGAGAGAUUAAAGAACGAGAAAGAAAGCACCCUUAUAAUCCUGGAUGAUCUUUGGGCAGAAAUUGACUUCACUAUGCUGGGGAUUCCAUUCGAUGGUGAUGAAAGGAAAUCCCCCCGGGCUCACAAUAUGACUGAAAUGGAAAAAUCCCAUGUGGCUCACAAUAUGAUGACAGUAGAACCUAGUGCUCUCAAUAUGAUGAAAUCCAAAAAACUCCCCAGUGAUUCCAAUAAGAUGAAAACAGGAGAAACUCUUAGUCAUUACACAGGGUGCAAAGUUUUGAUGAUCUCUGAGAGUAAACAAGUGUUAAAAAGUCAUAUGGAAGGGAAGGAAAACUCUAUUUUCUCUGUGGAAGUCUUAAAGGAAAAGGAAGCAGAGAAGUUGUUCAAGAAAAAGGCUGGAAUAGAUGGUACAAAUUCUUAUUUGGAAAUAUUAGCAGCUCAAAUUACCGAGAAAUGUAAUGGGCUGCCAAUGUCAAUAGUUACAACUGCAAGGGCAUUAAAAAAUCAGAGCCGCUCGGUAUGGGAGAAUAUUAACCGAGAGCUUGAAGGGAAAAGGUUAAUAGGAGCGGCUGAAUUUUCUACAAAGUUGAGUUAUGAUCUUUUAGAAAACGAGGAGCUCAAAUAUAAUUUCUUACUUUGUGCUCGUAUGGGUCAUGAUGCAUUAAUUACGAACUUGGUGAGAUCCUGCAUUGGUUUGGGUUUUCUUCAUGGAAUCUACUCAGUAAAGGAAGCCAAAGAUAGAGUAUAUGCAUUGGUCGGAAAGCUAAAAGAGUCUGGUUUAUUGUCUGAUAGUUAUUCAAAUGAUCAUUUCACCAUGCAAGAUAUUGUUCGCAGUGGGGCUUUGUCAAUAGCAUUUGAGGAGAAGCAUGUAUUUACAAUGACAAAGGGAAAAAUAGAUGAAUGGCCUGAUGAGGAUCAACUUAAAAGGUACGCUGCUAUUUCCUUACAACAUUGUGAUAUCAUUGGCGAGUUUCCUAGAAUGAUGAAUUGCCCCCAACUUAGAUUCUUCCAUGUUGACAAUGGUUAUCCACGUGUGAAGUUACCAGACAACUUUUUCGAAGGAAUGAAAGAACUCAAAGUGUUGAUAUUAACUGGUUUUGAUCUAUCACCCUUACCUUGGACAAUUAGAUACCUUACGAAGCUCAGAAUGCUUUGUUUGGAGGAAUGCACACUAGGUGAGAAACUAGCCUAUAUAGGCGAGUUGAAAAACUUAAGAAUUCUUAGUUUUUCGAGAUCUGAUAUUGAUAAAUUGCCUGCUGAAUUGAAGGAGUUAACAAAGCUUCAAAUUUUUGACAUCAGUAAUUGCUCCAAACUUCAAAAAAUUCCAUCCAAUGUAAUAAACAGUUUGAUUAGUUUAGAAGAGCUGUAUAUUGGAAACACAUUGAUUCAAUGGAACAUUGAAGAACAAACAGAUCAAAGUGAACAUGCUAGUCUUUCUGAGUUAAGGCAUCUGAAUCUGUUGACAACUUUGGAAAUGCAAAUCCCAAAUAUUGAUCAUUUGCCAAACAACUUAUUCUUUGACAAGUUAUAUAUUGAGAAUUUGUUGUUAGAAGACCUAAAUGGAUUUGAAGAUAUGUUUUAUAGUUUGAAUUUGAAAGGAUUUCCAUGUCUAAAACAUUUGUCCAUUGUAAGCAAUUUCGACAUUCAAUCUCUCAUCAACCCAACAGACAGGAAGCAACCUGAGGAGGCUUUUCCUAAAUUGGAGUCAUUGUAUCUCUAUGAUCUCAAGAACUUAUUUGAAAUAUGCUCAUGUAAACUUUCAGCAUUCUCAUUUGGUAAAUUGAAAAUUGUCAAGAUUUAUCAGUGUAGUAAACUAGAGAGUAUCUUCUUCAUUUCUGUGGUUAGACUUCUAAUUGUUCUUGAAACAAUUGAAGUUUCUGGAUGUAACUCUUUGAAGCAGAUUGUCCCUGUGGAAACCCGAAGCGACACUGAGCGACUUGAGUUUCCGGAAUUACGCUCUUUGAUACUACAAUCUUUACCUCAAUUUACUGGAUUCUAUCCUACUCCAUCAACAAGAGGAGAGACUAGAAAACUAUUUCACGAAAAG